UUGUCUAGCAAAAGUUUUGAUGUGUUUUUUUUCCCAUUUUUUCUUUCUAGUUGCUACACUUGAUUUCAGAAUGACAACGUGACUAGUUAACAUUUUAGCGGAGAGGUGUCUUUUCGAGAAUGGUCGAACCAAAAACUUAGGAGCCACGCUUUAAACCCGGACAUUCGCCUUGACGUGCCCUGUCACAACGAUAGAAUAACAACACGAUGGGACCCAGUAAUUAUACCCCGCUUUUGGUGUUUGUUUUAAGCUUCCCCCUCCUUGGCGUUAACGAGGCUUACCUCUCCAUUCCGCUGAAAAUCUUCCCCGGGAAGUACAACGUGUCUUCGGCGGCGGCUUUGUCCGCCGUCCGCUUGGUCGCCCUGACGCCCGAUGGGAAGAGUCUCUCCCUGGCCACCGACCCCAGCGGUCAAGUCAACUUUGUGGACAUGGUGGGCAACCUGCAAGGGGAUUCCGGAAGGGGAUACUACAUAGAAAUGUUGAUUGGCACUCCAGGACAACAGCUGAACAUCCUGGUGGACACGGGCAGCAGUAACUUUGCAGUGGCUGCAGCUUCACACCCAUUUAUUACCCACUUCUUCAACACUGCACUCUCCACUUCCUUCAGCUCAGCUGGCCAAGUGGUGGCUGUCAGGUACACCCAGGGCAACUGGAUGGGUGAACUGGCCGUCGACAUUGUAUCCAUUCCCAGAGGCCUAAAUGGUACCAUCACUGUCAACCUAGCCACCAUCUUGUCAUCUCAGGGCUUCUUCCUUCCCGGCAUCAACUGGCAGGGCAUCCUUGGACUGGCCUACCCAAUGUUGGCUCGGCCAGAUUCAUCAGUGGAGCCAUUCUUCAACUCUGUGGUGAAACAACUCGGCAUUCCUGAUGUCUUUUCCCUCCAAAUGUGUGGCACUGGAAUUUUAGCCGGCAGCUCUGUUGGUGCUCCGGGUGGAAGUCUUAUCAUGGGAGGAGCUGAACCAUCUCUGUAUCGGGGGUCCAUCUGGUACACUCCUAUAGUUGAGGAGUGGUACUACCAGGUAGAGGUUCUAAAGCUGGAGGUUGGCGAACAGAAUCUGGAUCUGGACUGCAGAGAGUACAACAUGGAUAAAGCCAUAGUUGACAGCGGCACGACGCUCCUGCGACUCCCCAUCAACGUCUUCAAUGCGGUGGUGGACGCCAUCACGCGCAGCUCUCUGAUUCAGGAUUUCUCCUCAGGCUUCUGGGAUGGGACCAAGCUGGCAUGCUGGAUGAGGGGAGAUACCCCUUGGAGGUUUUUCCCCAAAUUGUCAAUCUACCUGAGGGACACUAACACCAGCCAGUCAUUUCGCAUCACCAUCCUGCCUCAGCUGUACAUCCAGCCAAUCACAGAUGUGGACGGCACACUGGACUGCUACCGUUUUGGAGUGUCGUCAUCCACUAAUGGCCUUGUGAUUGGAGCGACUGUGAUGGAGGGUUUCUAUGUGGUGUUUGAUCGUGCCCAGCGCAGACUGGGCUUCGCUCUCAGCAACUGUGCAGUAAGCAGCGGAGUGCCUCUGUCAGAAAUUGCUGGGCCCUUCUCAGCAGCGGACGUGGCAACCGACUGCUCGGGCAGGUCUCUGAAGGAACCGCUGAUCUGGGUCAUCUCCUACGCUCUGAUGGCCGUCUGUGCUAUCAUCCUCAUCAUUCUGCUGCUGCUACUGGUCCUGCCCUGCCGGCGACGAAGCUACUCUGGGGAAAUCACCGACCAGUCCUCGCUGGUGCGCCACCGCAUCAAGUGACUGAGGGGGAAUGCGCGAGCGGAGGGCGAGGGGAGCACCGCCACAGAGGUGGACAAGGUGGUGAGACUACGCACACAGGUGGACACGGAAGUGUCGACCACCUUAGAGGGGAUUAAUCCUUCUGAUAAACUCUCACAUGACACAGCUGGACAAUGAUCUUGUGGUAAGUCUUAUUUUAACUCUGGGUUGGUCAAUAGAAAACACUUAACAGCAGUGAAUGACAUUUUACAAGCCGUCACCACCAGAAAUUAUUUUCAUUGACACAGCAUUAUUACAGAUGCCACUAGUGUCAGUGAUGGGAUGUUUACCCUCUAUCCCCACUACCCUGCUUGUGUAGUGAAAUCUGUGUCAACAAAAGCUGCUGAGACAAUCACUGAUACUUUUAUGUCAUGUUUACAUUGCUUGUGGUGCCUUGAGGAGCCUCUUUGAUCGAGUUUGUGCACUUUCAGAGUCUAAAAACUAAAUAAAUUAAAGUACCCCCAAGGUUCCCAAACAAGGGGAUUGAUAUAGUGUUUCUGCCAGCUUCUUCAGGACUGUGCCAAAAGCCGCUACUCCAGCUGUAUAUAUCAACAUAGUCUUCAGUAAAGUUCAUUUAUACAGCAGUGCCUUUCCAUUUUUUAUUUGUUUCUGACCAAUGAGGGUUUGUACUUGAUCAAUCUAUGGUAAUAAUGCUAUUUUUUUUCAUGUACUUUUACUAAUUGUGUCUUAUGUUCAAGUUUAUAUUUAAAUCCUGUUUCUAAAUGUGUUUAGAAUGCUUCUGAUUUUUUGGCACACACUGUACAAUUGCAAAUGCCCAAACCAAAGUAUAUUUAUAACUGACAACAGCACGGUCAUGUACGAUCAAAGCUUAAAUUACCUGUAAAUUAUGGUUGGCUGUCAGCUUCUUCUUUUUAAACAAUGAAUGUAUGUGGAUUAAGAUGUGGACUGUAAUGGCAUCUAGUGGAUGAAUUGAAGAUUGCAAAAAAAAUCAAAAAAGAAGAACGUUAAAUGAAGGUACUGUACACCGGAAUCUUUUAUUGGUCAUUUUUUUAAGGGUGUAUUUUUCAGCACCAAAAUUAGAAGUACUGCAAAUAAAGAACAUGUAACGAAAAGACUAAAAAUUG